AGAACUAAAAGCAGUCAGGAAAAUUCAGAAUUGGUUCCGCCAGAUUCAAAAGCAAAAAAGAAUCCAGAAAAAGGGAAAAACGCAGUUUAUAAAUACAAUAUCUAUUUAAGAGGUCCAAUGGUAGAUACAACUGUGGAAUUAAUUGAACAGCAGGACAAAAUGAAUAAAAUCAAGAAUCAAUUAAAAGAAUCAAUGAAACACUCUUCGGACGACAAAAUAGAAAGUUGCUUGGAACUCUUGGAAGAAUUAGAGUUUAUACAUCGUGAAGAUGUUCAACUAGCAAUAGAUUUGUUAUCGAUUGAAAAUGAAAAACAUAAAGAAAUGGACGUUGCAUGGUUGAAAAAUGAAUUGGAAAAAGCAAGUAAUAUUAUCAGUAAAGUCCUUGAAUGGAUUGAAAGUUGUAAAGCUACUAUGAAAUCUAAAGAAUAUUAA